AUGGCCGGCUCGUUGUUGUGACAUCGUCGUUACUUUUGCUUCGUUUAAUUCGUAUAAUUUUGCUUUCAAAGUGUCAAAAACAAGAAUCAACAUGUAGACGAAGUGGUAUAUAAUGACCUACAACAUAUUAUUUAUUGAAUGUUAUAUUUCUCGUUAAGAUAAUCAUCAAAUAUGGUUACUAUUGAAUCUGUGAUAUAUUUAUGCCUUGUGGCGCUCCUCUGGGGAGUAACCGUUCCAUUUAUAAAAAAAGGUGCGCAAGGCUUAGAGGAUGUCAAGGCCACAUCUAUUUAUGGACAAUUUAUUAAGGAACUCGUAUUUCUUCUGACUAGUUUAAGGUACGCUGUACCAUUUUUUUUUAACCAAUGUGGUUCGGUAUUGUACUUUCUAACUCUGCAAAACACUGAUAUAUCUUUGGCUGUGCCAGUUUCAAAUUCUCUCAGCUUUGUGUUCACUGCUAUCACUGGCUGGUUUCUGGGAGAGAAAAAAGUACAGAGAAAUGAAUAUCUGGGAAUGAUGCUAGUGCUGUGCGGAACAAUGUUGUGCUGUUGGGAUAAACUGAAUAAAACUGUAGACCUGUAACUGUGACUUGCACAUUUAAGACAACAAUUUUGUUAAACACCUAUCACCUCACAUCCUUCCACUUCCUGUUCAUCCUCAACCUGGUGAUUAAUCCAUAUCCACUUCCUGCUUAUCUUCCAAUGUGAGUAUUACAAUGAUUAACACACACACACAUAUAUAUAUAUAUAUAUCUUUCCCAGCAAAGCAAAAGUACAAUAUACAAGUUUGCUUGUGAAUAUAAAUGUAAUAUAAUGACAGUUUGUUAUUCAUGUUUGAUAUAUUUUAUCGUACAUUUAAAAAGAGAUGAUCUAAUAUGUUAACAAAUGUACGUAGAUAAUAAGUUUUAUUGGUAAUUCCGUACAAUGUGAUCAAUACAUAUCUAUGUGAUAUUUA